CCGGAUGGGUCCUUCAUAACGUGACGUCUCUUUUCUGAGACCGGAAGUUGAAGUGCAUCAUUUUGCAGGCGCUCGGACCGAAGUCUCCUCACAUCUAUCUUCUUCACUCUAAGUGCGAAGAUGUUGUCUAUAUUCAAGUCCAUCCCCUCGCACAUGGAUUACAAAGGCCAGAAGUUGGCUGAACAGAUUUUCCAAGGAAUCAUACUCAUCUCAGCGGUGAUUGGCUUCGUGUACGGUCUGAUCAUUGAACAGUUUGGCUGGACAGUGUACAUUGUCUUAGGCGGCUUUGCUGUGUCCUGUGUGUUGACCCUGCCUCCGUGGCCCAUGUACAGACAGAAUCCUCUGUCCUGGCAGCCAGCAUUACCAGAGAUCUGCGGGGAGUCCAGCCAGAAACCUCAGGAAAGCCUCAAGAAGAAGAAGCACAAGUAGCACAAAACUGUCCAGGGCCCAGUUGUUAAUACAUCUUUUUAUAAUGGAUAUGAUUUGACGCAUUUAGGAUGAAAACUUUGUUACAGUGUUUAUUAGUCAGUCAUGAAAUCCUUGUGUCCAAAUAAUAAACAUCUGAUACAGUCAA